ACAAACCCUCGUAUUGUACGCGCGAUGGCGGACAGAAUCAACGAAUUAAAUGGUAUUUGCCGGCUCUGUUUGUGCGAAGACGACGAGGCGCUCUUUCCCGUGUCCAGCAUCAUCGAUCCCUCGCUAACGGAUGUAGAUAUAGAGCGUUUCACCGGGAUACAGCUGUUUGGCGAAGAAUGUAUAUCGUACUCGAUCUGUGUGGACUGUGGCAAUAAGCUGAAAAAGUGCUCUUUAUUCCGUGCGGCGUGUUUAAACAAUGACGCACUGUUCAAGCAACUGUUUGCGGUGCUGCUCGAAAGCGCCAGGAAGGAAACAUUGGGCGGAGAAAAUCGCGAUAAAAAGGAGGAAGCGGUACAGCACGAGGAAGAAAUCGUGGAAGAGUUAGCGCUGGUCGAGGCAAGCGAGCGUUUGGAGCAACUGAUCGAGCAAGCGGAAGAUGUUCAGAUCGAAACGCAAGAGCUGUCCGAGGAAGAAGACGAGGAAACCGCCAGCAGUGACGAGAUGGAAGACGGCUCGCAGGAAAACGCCGAAAGCGGCGACGAGUCUGGCACGAACAAUGUAUUGGAUGAAAGCACUGACAGUAUAGAAAAUAGUCCACCUACUCGUACGAGGCGUCUGUCCUCGCGGUCGGCCAGAAGCGCGCAAACGAGCGACGCAACCCGCUCACGGAGGAAGGCAGACCACCACUAUCAGCAUUGCGAUGCGUGCGGGAAGAUGGUGUCGGAUCUGAAAAGUCACAUGCUCAGCCACACGAAGGAGAAACGGUUCUCCUGCCCGUACUGUGCCGUGACGAUGACGUUCAAAUCGAAUCUAAACAUCCAUAUCAAGACGGUCCAUUUGAAGGAGAUUUCGAAAUCGUGCGAGCUGUGCGGGCAAGGAUUCGUCAAUUACAAUUCGUACAAGAACCAUAUGGCUUCACAGCACGGAACGGGUGAGUACAGCUGUGAAACGUGUGCGAAAAGGUUUACGCACCUGCGAACGUACAACAUGCACGUGCGCCGGCACCAUAAAGCCGAUGCGACGUACAAGAAAAAGAAGCAACUUUGUGGCACGUGCGGCGCCAUGGUUACGCACAUAGCGACGCACAUGCUCACCCAUACGCAGGAGAAGCGGUACGCCUGUCCGCACUGUCCGAUCGAAAUGGUGGACCGGGGGAAUCUGAUGCGCCAUGUCCGGUCGGUCCAUCUGCAGAGUGAGGUGAAGUCGUGCGAAACGUGCGGCAUAGGCUUCAAGUAUCCCAGCUCGCACAGAUCUCACAUGCUCCGAGUGCACGGCAUUGGGAAAACGUUCGACUGCCACAUGUGUGCCAAAAAGUUCAACCACAACAGUGGGCUUAAAUCGCACAUUGCCCGAGUGCACAGCAAUGAGCGAAAGUUUGAGUGUGAAACGUGCGGGAUGCUGUUUAAAGUGAAAGUCGCCCUUACGAAGCAUCAGCUAGUGCACUCGACGGAGCAACCGUACGCGUGCAAUCAAUGUCCGAAACGGUUCAAAAGCCGCCACGGGCGCAAUUCACACCAACUGACCCACAGUGGUAUAGUGUUUCCGUGUCCACACUGUGACAAAUCGUACCGGUACAAGGAUGUGCUUGGUAUUCACAUCCGGCAGAACCAUCCCGAAGCAAAGGAGGAUAAGACCAUAGCGUGUGAAUAAGGAAGUUGGACUAAUUUGAAGCGUUUUUCAUACGAUGAUUCUUAUGACUCGUUAUUGGUAUCACGUGGACACUGUUAAAUUUACCAACUCGAUCUUUAAUGGAAGCGACGUUUUUAUUUGACUUGCGGUUUCUUGGACAUCUAGCCAUCUUUAUCCCGGAUCGAACGUUGGUCGACUACUACUGACGAUAGGGAAAACUGGUGAAUGAAAGCCUCUUUGUUGAUCAAUUUCGACAAACGUUUGGAUACGGACGUUGGAAAGGGAAUUUCUAAAGGUAGGAUAGAUGCCCAAGUCUUGUUUUUUGGCUAAGGAGAAAAGAAAAACUAAGAUGGUUGUUUACGUAUCGCAAUGUAACCUUGAAGGACUUUCAAGUAUUUUGAUAAAAGGCUUUAGUUACGCAGGAUAUGUGGACAAUUUUAAAUAUUAUGAUUUAUGUUUUGUUAAUUGCUCAUCGUCAUACCCCUUCUUUUGUAUGGAAAAGUAAGAUUUUGCGGUUGAUGCACGAUAAAGAUAUGCCUUGAGAAGACUGUGGUAAGCAAAGCUACAAAAAUCUGAAUUUUCUAUGCAUCAAUACAUGUCGAAGACCUAUUCAAUUGUGGAUCUCGUAUCUGAGAUGGGUUCUUGUCAUUGAUUGAUUGAUUCCUUGAUUGGUUGGUAGUGAUCCUAGUCAGGCGUGUGUCUGGUGUACCUCUGGCUUAUUUUAACCUUUACAAAGUCGUCGCGGGCCGCAUUACAGGCUCUUGAGGGCCGCAUGCGGCCUGCGGGUCGUAGUUUGAAGACCCCUGGUCUAGAGGCAUGAGCAAAUAUAUCUGGAGGCAUAUUGUUUAGAACAAUCAAGCACACACUGGGUUUAAUACCAUCCGAAAUCUGAUUCAGGUUCAUGAAUCCGAAUGAAUCAUUGAAAUUAUUCAAUAACCCUGAAUCUCGAUUCGAAAGAUUCAUGAAUCUCAAACAUUAAUUAAACUCAAAGAUUCACGAGAUCUCGAAAGUUUCAAGAAUCUCUAGGGAUGCACGAAUUUCAAGGAAUUCAUAAAUCUCCAAAGAGUUUGAGUGUCUUCUUCUUCUUCUUCUUCUUCUUCUUCUUCUUCUUCUUCUUGGCGUAACAACCUACGUGGUCAUGCCAGCGCCUACCUAUACAGGUUUUCGAGACUUCUUGGGAAGUACUAAGCAGCCGUAUAGUUUUCUAGAGGGAGACGGGUCCAUGCGAGGCUUGAAUCCACGACGUGCAUGUUGUUAAGUCGUGCGAGUUAACCAAUGUAUCAUGGAACCAUACAAAUGCAAUAUGUUUAUAACCGUACAUCUGUAAAGGUGCAUGUAUCCCUGGAGAUUUAUGAAUCCUAAUGAGUUCAUGAAUGUUGUAGAUUAAUAAAUCUUUCGAGAUUCAUGAUUUCUUGGAGAUUCGUGAAUCUUUUGAGAUCCAUGAUUUCUGGGAGAUUCGAAAAUCUCUACAGACUUCUUUGGAGAUUCAUGAAUCUUUAGGGAUUCGAUUCGAGAUUCAAAUCACUCAUCCCUAAAAUGAAUCUGAACGAAAGAUUGGUGAAACCCAGCACUAGAACAUACACAAUUUAACGCUCUACUGUUCCAAUACGGUUGUCCUGUACGGUCAUGAAUCCUUGGCCAGUACAAUAGAGAAUGCUUUGUUUAACGAACUGGACAUAUUGGUGUAGCUGCCAGCUUCAUAUUCCAGGAUCAGAGCACAGGCUAUGAUGGAUAGCUGCUGCCAGAGAACUAUCAAACGAAUGGAAAUCCUGGAAACAACAAAUGACAAUCUCGUCGUGGUGGAAUUAUUUCGAAUUAUUAAUGUAAUCGUUGAAUGAGUUAGGUUUUAAUUCUUCCUGAUUAAAAAUAAGGGUCCAAAUACUAUUUGAGUAUAUUUGGUGUAAAUGUACCCUAUUCCUUAUAAAGGAACUCAACAAAGCAAGAACGGAUUGAGCUAAUAAUAAUAGGAUUCGCAGUAUCGACAUAAACUCACUAUAGUUGUCUCGUUCCGAUGCGAUCGUUCAUCUAUGGGGCAAAAUUUAUUGCACACGUGAACAAUCGUUCACACUACACACAAUCUCACCCGAAGUGAAGUGAAUUACCCUUUUGCUACUAAAGCCAACCAGCCAGCAUCAUUCAUUGGAAACCCGGUGCAUUUAAAUUAGUAAUCACGAUACGCACACCGGGCACAGUGGGACGUUCUCAUCGCUGCUGCCCAGCAUGAAGCGCAGCCCCGGCUCGUUUCGCACGCCCGAUGGACGGGGAAACAUCUUAAACAGCGCGUUUAACAAUUUAAUCAAACGGCCUCGCGAACGAUCACACCGUCCAUCGUCAGGACUUUGGCGCACACAUCUCCAUCGAGCAGCAUCAGUGUCAUCGAAUAAAAUCUCAUCCGAAAGAACACGCACCGAAAUCGUUCGGUGCAAAUCGUUCGGUGCACUCAGUAACUGAGCCGUGUGGUGCGCGCGUGAUGGCCCAUUAAAAUCAAUCAAAAUGAAAGAUCGCAUAUAACGCAGUAAAUUUUGCAAUUUUAUGGCAAAACACGAAUGUGCGGACCGGCAUUGGAUGCAUCCCCAGUUUGGCCGUUCGGAACAGGGGAAGUGAAAAACUGCCCUUGCGAGCGCGGAAAGAACAGAUUUGCAUCCCCAUUUAUUGACCGUUAAUGUCGGUCGAAGCUGCCACACCGAUCGAAGCAGCAAGCUCCCACUGCCGAUGGUGUCAAAUUUUGAUGAUCCCAGACAGAUCUCCGGCCCGGUGUGGGAAGGAAGGCAACCAUGCAUGAUUGUAUCUUGGCGGUGGUGGUGCAAGAACAAGCGAAAACAAGACAUCUCUCCCAUUGGGAGCCUUUGGGGGUACAACAGGUCAAAACAAAACACCAACUAAUUACGGCGAUCGUGCAGUCUUAAAAUCGUCACUCUGGCGGUGGGUAUCUGAUCUGGUGCAUCGUUUGGAGGGAAAGAAAAGGGUACAUGAUUCCUGAUUGAAGCAUCAGCAGGUUUGAUUAUAUUCUCGCUUUUCUCAAACCGUUGCUGUCGUUUCGUUUAGCUCGGGAUUUUUUGUUGUUUUGGGCAAGAAGAAGAAGGUGCGCUGUAAACGUGUUCGACCAUAACAGGAGUUCCAGGCCGUUAAAAGUUGGCCGCAAUCAAGCUUACGGUUGAUUAUUCCAGAACUCUGUAAAAUUGUACAAGCAGCGUGGAGUUAUGAGCCUUCAGUUCAAUAAUUCUUUCAGCAAAUUCAGCUCUUUCAGGCAGCUUUCAAUGUGGUAAUCAAUUUGCGCCAGUCAGCGAUUCAGGCUGAACCAUGCUAAACGAUCAGUUUGGGAUGUUUGGGUCGACCAUAGUGAAAUCUUUUUGAAGCUCACCCACGCGAGAUGACCACGAUGAGAGAGAACAGUGUCGUAAGUUACAGCUCAUUAGCUACUUAAAAAACGGCAUUCAGCUUCCGAGGAUAGAUGCUCAACGGAUGGUUUUUAGAGAUAUUGGAGGAAUAGCCUAAACAAACCUGAAAUCAGUCUGGUUUCGAGAAGUUCAUUCAGUCAUCGUUAAGGGGCCUUCACGACACAUGAGCAAAGUAUAGAAAUAUAAUUAGGAUAUCAACCAUGCGGAAGGGGGCCAAACAUAAAUAACGUAACGCAUCAAAUGACAUUGUUUUAUUCGCUAUCCUCUUCCCCAUUUAUCUUAACGUCUGUAAUUAUUUAAAAAUUAAAGUAUUGAAUUGAAGGUUGACUUCAUAUCUGUAUUACAUGAUCAUCUAUCUCUUGUUCUUGUUGGGCACAACAAUCGUUGUCAGUCAAGGUCUGCCUGUACCACAAAUUGAUAAGGAUCAACCAUUACAAGCGCUAAUCAUCUUCAAUUUUCAAACUGAAGUACCUAUCAAAUGGUGUAUCACUUUUGAAAUGCAAAACCAGACAACAAGCUCCUUUUUUGUAUUUUGGUAUGGAAGAAUUUAAUUAUGGGUAAUUAAUCAAAACUUUGCAGCUCUUUUGUCAUCUAAAAUCGAGUUGUUUACAGCAUAGUGCUUAUUAAAAUAAUAUUAUAGUAAAAAGAGUAUUUUUUGUUUUAAAUUGGCUGCACUCUUCUCCAGAGUUUAUCGGCAAAGGGUAGUGUAGAAGUUGUCUUAAAUCUCCCGUCCUUGGUAGAACUUCUUAUAACUUCUUAUAGGUUUCGUUAUAACCUUAUAGGAAUUUUCGAGUCUCAUAAUUUUUGGACACUUUCAUGACUCUUGCUUCCGGCACCCUUUUUGGUUAGGCUCUUUUUGAAUCUAAUAGUAUUUUAAAAUGAACCAUAAGGUUCACUGCCCGUAAGAAUGGCAUAGAUCCCUAAAAAGCUAUAUUUUUAGCAUCGGCUAUAUCUUCAUCGGUAAAUUUCCUGCAAUUCUGAUGUCCAUAAAAUCUACACUGUCUUUUUUUUCGAUAGAAUUCUACAAGCUUCACAACCUGCAGUAUCUUCUAUUUCGUUUUGUAGCACAAUAAGGAACCCUCUCUUUCUCUCUCUCUCUCUCUCUCUCUCUCUCUCUAUAUAUAUAUUUCUCUCUUUCUCUCACUAGGGUUACGUAAUUUAUGGAUGCUCUCAAAGAGGAUAGUGACCGAGACAGAGGGUUCGGUGGAUGCAACCUCUUCUGAAACCUCCUCCGAUACCAAACUUCUUUCCAUCGUCAAUUAACACGUCAUGAGCAUCGUGAGCAGCUUAAUUCUGCACGUCUUGCACCCAAACGGUGGCCCUUUUUGUCGGCGGGGGUUCACUUUAGCAAACCGAGCAUUCCCUGUAAAGGAUGAUAUUACUAAAUCAUCACUAAGUACGUGAAUGUGGGGUAUGAAGUAGGAUCUUAAUCUUAUUGCCAGUUCCUUCUUGCGACGCACGACCCUAGCUCACGCAGCACACAACACACACAGUGCUCCCGGAAUUUGCUAAGCUUUCAAACAAGACUCAACAAAAACCAACAAACCAACCAACCAACCACUGCAGGAAGCGCCUCAAGGCGCAGCAAGGCACGAGGAACGGACGCCAUGCUGUGCGCAUCUUGCUUCCGGGAGUGUCCUGCACGGUCUUCGGCAGCUUCUUCAAGAUGCAAACAUCGAGCACAAGAAGCUUUGCACACGAAAGCUGCAGGAAUUCUUGAUUUUGUGUGGAAAAGAUUAUUUUUUUGUAUGCGUUGGGUUUUUUUUUCACAGCCUCAUGACCGGUCUGGCCGUUCUUGUUGCGCUUUUAAUGAUGAUGAUGAUGAUGUGCAGUUGCAAUACAUGUUUGCAAUAUGUAUCGUGUGCAGAUCGCGAUUUUCCAUUUCAUUCUUUGCGCCCUCCCAUAUUAUUCUGUUUUUUGUAGCGUUGCGCGCGCAGUAAUCGUACUCUCAUAAAUCUAGAUAAAAAAUGACAUUACACGACACAAGCUUACUGGGCGCACCGUACACGGGGAGGGCAUUAAGGCGCACGCGUAUAAUGGAAACGCAGGCGAACGGAAUCACGAUCGAUUUCUGGUGGAUUCCUGCGGGACAGAUCAACACACUGUCGGCACACACUAAUUUUAACACCUUCGGGAAAGAUCGGGCCCCCUUCUGGGUUGGGGACAAUUCCCCUUACACCUGGCGUCCGAGAAGUUCGACGAUCGUUAGAGAAUCCGAUGAGAGAGAGAAAGAGAGAGGUGGGAUGUAGCCACCGGACUCAUGCAGUCACUCCCGUCUUCGGGUUGUGCCAGUGGGCCCUUGAUGGUGGGAAAUAAAUAAUGUUUUAUGAAUUAAUGGAAACGUAACGAUAGCGCAUGCCGCUGGUGCCCUUCCAAACGAAGGAGCACACGAUAGGUAAGGCGAACCGGAGCGAAAGAGACAGAGAGUGGUUGAGCAGUGAUUAUUGAGAUGUUUUCUGAGCGAUAAGACGCCGCUCUAGUGCCCGUUGUCUCGUUCGAUCAGACGGUGGGGGCUUCCAAAGGGUACUGGAAGCUGGUGACAAGCGUGAAUAAAUUACAUGUCCUUUGUGGAUAAAUUAUGCUCAUUACAAGCGCGGGUGAGUGUGUGUGAGCUGAUUUCACACCUCACCUGUUCUCGGUGUUUAUCUUGUGAAUCUUCACUUCUUUGCACGGUUGUCAUCUCGGAGCUCGUUUAGCAACUGAUUUAGUGACACGAGGAGCGAAUGGAUUGGCUUGCUAUAGAGUGCACUACGCACUACCGGUUGGUCUGACAAGGUAGAAGAGUAUGUAAGGGAGAUUUUAUCAUCUUAUUUUUAAUAAUUGACGUAUGUUAAACAAUGUAAAAACAAUGGCUAUUUGCUAAUUUGGCUGAAUCAACGGAUUUUGGGCGAGAAGGAUGAGCUUUUACCAUCGAUCUUUCGCUACUGUCUUUAGAUUUUUCUGGGCGUUAUCCCCUCUGAAGUCCAUUUUUGGAGUACAAAUAGUUUUAAGACAUGGGUUCACAAAUGGUUUAAUAUAUACAGCGUUUAGAUCAACUCCAACCUCUAAAGAAGGUAGUUUUAAUUUUGGAUUCGAUGGCCUAACUAUUCCAAAUCUUGAAGAUGACUUAACUUGAAAAGGGUAUUGCGUGGAAUCUUUUUACCAGAAUGCAGUUUUGAGGAUACUCAAAAUUCAGACAUCAGAGACCUGCUUGUAGGUAAUGCACCCUUACAUAGGUAUAUUCUCUAAUUAGUUUAUUGGGAGAUCAUUUGCAUGAAAAAAUCACAUUGGAGUUCAUUUUCUCGAAUCGAAUCGAGUUCAGAAUAUAAUAAGCCUGUAUGCUUUUACCAAACUGAUAUCUACUAGCAUGCACAUAGCUUCCUUGGCAUUGUAGUUAACCUAAUAACAUGAAUCUGAUGGGUUAAAUGUACGGAUCAAGCGGUAUCUAUAUGAUAAGGCUGCCAGAAUACAAGCCUUGCUUCAAUGGAUGCAUCAAAACAAUGCUGAAAACUAGUAAGGCGAUAACAUCGUUAGUAAGUUCAAAGCGCUCAUGGACUUCAUUCAAAUGAAUGAAUGAAUGAAUGAUUUGAGUGAAAUACGAAGACGAAAUGAUAAAAAGGAUUUGUCAUAGCAAUGUCAAUCAUUGCCUUAAUAAGACAUGCAAAAAGCUCAAAUACACAUCGGUGAAAUGACCAAAAACUAAAAUUUCUAUUCGCAGACAAAUAAUCAGGAAGAAGGUAGUCGCUCCAUCCUAACUAAACUUGCAGUUUUUAGGCUCAGGAUACAUUAAUAUUGUUCUCUUGUAAUCUAAUCCUAACGAAACUCGCAAGUUUUAGGCUUAGGAUACAUUAAUAUGUUUCUAUUCUUUGUUUUCGAAGUGCCAGAUCCAGCAAAGUCUAUAAGUAUUUCAUCGAACAUGAGUUGAAUGGUAGCUUCCAGUGAAUUUACAUCAUGGGAGCAGUAAGUCGAUUUAUUGCUUGAUCUGUAUUACUUUUUAACACCUACAGCCCGUUUCGCAGAGCUGCUGUUGUUAACACUGUUGCCGUUUCAUUCUUACAGUAGUAAUCUAGAUGACUUGAUGUGUUCAAUCACUCGCCAUAUAUUUUGUACCAAAACGCUCCACGUUGUAAAUAUUCGACUCACUUGUGAACUAGAUAAUCGUGACAACUAUAUCAUCCUAUAACCAGUAACCAGCAACCAAGUUUGCUGUAUCGGUGUGACUAACGCUAGUUUAUUUGCUUACAGUUCCAACAGUUCAUCCAUAAUAGACACACUCUCGCCCUCCUCGCGCCCUGGGUCUAAUCAACGGCAGCUUAUUUAUGUUCCACCAUGUUCGGUGCUCCAGUCCGGCUCGAGUCUAUUUGCCGGCGUUUUCGGUUAAAGCGUCUGUGAUUAAGAAGUUAGAAAAAAUUUAUAGACUCUCGCGACGCAUCAUGCGCAACGUGUCGGCACGUUUUUUCCUUGGUUUAGUUUCAAAACCCCCCUAAAAAAAAAACAGAUUCUAAUCCAAGCUUAGGCAGCGCAGUAAACGAUCUCGACGACAAAAAAAAAGUUAGAAAAGAACAGAUGGACAAGCAGCGCACCACUAAAGCUCUGUGUAGUGGAAAUUUAUCGCCGAACGAACAGCCAUUAAUGGUCACCGGUUGAUUAUCUGUGCCCAUUAAUAAAUUAAAGAAACUUCUCGCGUUUUCCUCUCUAUUUGGGUCUUCACCAUUUUCAUGCUGGUAAACAACAACACUUUCAACUGUGCGUUCGACUGGCCGCAUCGCUGUGAUCGCCACGAUGGUGGGAAGAAAGCUAUCUUCCAAACAGCAACAGUGACGCUGAAGCUGAUGUUGCCGCCAGUCAGGACGAUCAGGAUAAAUCAUCUAUUUUUACGCGCUCAUUACGCGCCGGUUGGCACAAGUCUAGGGUGAAAGUCAUCCGGGCGUCAUCUCAAGCGGAAAGUCAUCUCAGCGGUAAACCAGUCAUCAUCAUUAUCUUACCCGGCAGCAGCAGCAGUAACAUCGGUGGCACCAGCAACAGCAGCAGCAGCAGCAGCAGCAGCAAUUUGAUCGGCAACAUUUUGUCGCCUCCUAUCAGAUGUCAUCCGCACCGAGCUGGAAGCGUGAAAAUUGCUCCAAAAUCACACUAAUCCGAUCCCAAUCGCGACCGGAUUAUCAGGAUGAUCUUUGCCGUCCAGGCCGCCGGUUGGAUAUGCGUUUAAAAAAAGAAACAUGGCGACCACUCAUUCCGCAAAUCAGUCCAGUCUGGACGGUCGUCGGCAAAACCGUACGGAAUUUGAACCGGCUAACGUACGCUAACGGGCGAAUUAUGCAAAUUAUGCACUGCUCGUCACUGCGCGAUCGCUGCUGUCUGUCUGUCUGUGAGCGUGUGUGUGUGUGCAACUGGAGUAAAAGAAAAAAAGCAA